GCGUAAAGGCUCACACAACCGCAUUGUUGUUGGGGGAAGAGAAGCUCGGGCAGUUGCUGAGCUCUGCCACUUCCAACUGCCUAUAAACAGUCCUAUCGAUCAGUAUUUAUCCUGAUCAAAGUAUAAAACCAGCAACGGACUCCGUCGCCCUGGAUACCUGUCGGUUACUUUCAAGUUUAACUCGGUUAAGCGCGAGCCGCGGCCGCCGUUGGGUGAACGGACUGAAUGUGGAUUUAACUGUCGCUUCGCUCCACGGGCCGCGCCGCCAUUGCUGCUGUUUUUAUAAGCUGAAUUCGUGAAAAUACCAAGGGUCUUUACGGCUUCAUAAUGAAGAAAAAGGGUCGACAACACCGUCCGGCGGUUCUGAAGCGGGACUCUUCACCCAUCAAGCCGUCACCCAACAGGGAGACACUGACGUAUGCACAGGCUCAACGAAUAGUGGAGCUGGAGGUGGACGGCCGUGUGCACCGGCUCAGCAUCUAUGACAAGCUGGACGUCAUCACAGACGACGACCCCACAGCUCAGGAGAUCAUGGAGUGCAACAGCAACAAGGAGAAUAACGAGAAGCCCCAGCAGGUCCUGGUGCGCUCUGUGCGCCUCAAAAACAACCAGCAGAAGAAGAAUGCAGCGCGCACUGCUUCCAAUGGCGGCACUGGCACGCAGGGCAGUACUGGUGGUCUGUUGGAGCCAAAGGUUAGAACGGUUGAAUACAAUCUGCCGGUGGUCCCAAAGAGGCCGGUGGCAUAUUACAAAUACACAGAGAGGACAGAGGAGGAACUGGACGAGGAGGUGGAGUAUGAUAUGGACGAGGAGGACUACGCCUGGCUAGAGCUAAUCAACGAGAAGAGGAAGAGCGAGGGCAUCAGCCAGGUGUCGCACAAUCUGUUUGAGUUCCUCAUGGACCGCUUCGAAAAGGAGUCGUACUCUGCCACGCAGGGUCAGAGCGACCUGCAGUCGCUGGUGGAUGAGGACGCUGUCUGCUGCAUCUGCAUGGAUGGAGAUGGAGCAGACAGUAACGUUAUCCUCUUCUGUGACUCUUGCAACAUUGCAGUGCACCAGGAGUGCUACGGGGUGCCGUACAUCCCAGAGGGCCAGUGGCUGUGCAGACACUGUCUGCAGAGCCCGUCACGGCCCGCUGAGUGUGUCUUCUGUCCCAACCGAGGCGGUGCCCUGAAGAAGACUGACGACGAUCGCUGGGGUCACGUAGCGUGUGCUCUGUGGGUGCCUGAGGUCGGCUUCUCUGACACUGUUUUCAUUGAGCCAAUCGAUGGCGUUCGCAAUAUCCCACCAGCUCGCUGGAAGCUCACAUGUUACCUGUGUAAAGAGAAGGGUGCGGGAGCGUGCAUCCAGUGUGAUAAGAUGUACUGUUACACCGCCUUUCAUGUCAGCUGUGCCCAAAAGGCCGGCCUCUACAUGAAGAUGGAACCUGUGAAAGAGGUGACAGCAUCUGGCGCCACCACCUUCUCUGUGAAAAAGACCGCCUUCUGCUGCAGCCACACACCCGAAGGCUGCGACCGUCGGCCGCUCAACAUUUACGAGGAGCCGCACCCGACAAAUGGAGCCUGUCAAAAAAGGGCUGACAAGAGGGGGAAGGCCCGAGCCAAGAGCUGGCAGAAGAAGAAGAGUAAGAGAGCAGAGCCCGAACCAGAACCUGAGACCCCCACCAACUCUGGCCCCAGUAUCACCGCUUCAAGUUUUGACACCAUCCUGAAUCAGGUGGCGGUUCAGAGGAAGCGUCACUUUGUUGAGCGGGUGCUGAGCUACUGGGUGCAGAAGAGGCAGUCGAGGAACAAUGUGCCACUGAUCCGCCGGCUACAGGCCAACCCUCAGCCACCCAAAGUCAAGCAGAUGGACCGCGCGGAGACGAACCAGGCACUGAAGGAGCAGCUGAAGGAGUGGCACCGCCUCCGCCACGACCUGGAGCGAGCUCGCCUCUUGCUGGAGCUCAUCAGGAAGAGAGAGAAGCUGAAGAGGGAAGAGUUGAAGCAGCAGCAGUCGGUGCUGGAGGUCCAGCUGACACCCUUCAACAUCCUGCUGAGAGCGGUGCUCAGUCAGCUGCAGGAAAAAGACCAGUACAGUAUCUUCGCUCAGCCCGUCAACAGCAAGGAGGUUCCUGACUACCUGGACCACAUCAAGAACCCCAUGGACUUCUCCACCAUGAGGAAACGCAUCGACACUCACGAAUACAGGAGCCUGGAGGCGUUUGAGGAUGACUUUGACCUCAUCAUUGCCAACUGCAUGUCGUACAAUGCCAAGGACACGUUUUUCUACAAGGCAGCUCAGCGGAUGCAGGACCACGGAGGAGUCAUCCUCCGCAGGGCCCGCAGAGAGGCUGACAGAAUCGGCUUCGACUUUCCUAGCGGGUUGCAUCUGCCCGAAGCCCCAAAAUUGGAGUCACCGCCCCCCUUCUCCUGGGAGGACGUGGACCGUCUGCUGAGCCCCUCCUACCGUCAGCUGACUCCUCUGGAGGAUCAGCUGAAGGAGCUGCUGGAGAAGCUGGACCUUAGCACAGCCAUGAAGCACAGCCCGUCCCGAAGCAAGAGGCUCAAACUGCUGAAGAAGACUAUUAUGGAGGUCCGCAGCGAAAUGAGCCUGAAAAAGACCCUCCCAACACCCUCGCCUGACCUGACCCCCGUCAAGUCAAUGGAGGAACCACUACCUGAACCCCUGGCAGAGCCCUGUGCGCCACAUGGUGAUGAGUCUUUACCUCCGGCAACAUUAGAGCUGUUAACCUCACUGUCGCAGCUCGACACCUCGCCCAGUGACUCGGGGCCGCCCCCUCUGAAGACCGUUAAACCCAACAUGGACCAUACUCCCAUGGAGCUUGAUGGUGACACCGACACGUCUACCUCAGUGCCCCCGGACACCCCCAAUGGGCACAUCCCAGACCCUCUGCUCCUCAACGGCAGCCUCCACAGCGAAGCCUCUGGUCCCUGCAACCGUCGGACCAACACCCUCUUCCGCAAGUCCAAGAGUGCCAGCCCCCAGAAACCACCCAAGACCCAAGAGGCAUCUCCUGUGUCGCCGCAGCCGCCCCUGGGCGCCAAAACCUUCCUGUCAGUGGUCAUCCCGCGACUGGAGACGCUCCUCCUGCCGAAGAAAAGAACACGCAGCAGCAGUGCCGAAGGCGAGGAGGAGGAUGAGGAGUCGCCAAUAAAACGACUUGGCACAGGAAUAGCAAACGGUUUUGUGGUGGAGGAGGAGGAAAUAUCACCGUCACCUCGUCUGCUGGAGCCUCGCCGGCGCUGUGCGUCCGAGUCAAGCAUCUCCUCCAGCGGAAGCGUCCUCUGCAGCACGAGCUUUUCCCUUGUUUCUUUCAGCACCGUCAUUGUGUCUAAAAGUGGUAAAGGGCGACCACCGGCGGCUCGACGGAGCACCGUGGAUGACAAAAGCACUCUGAUGACCUGUAUAGAGAACGGAGAGUUCACCAAAGCUGCCAAGAUCUCUUCAGAGGUGUGGAAGCCCACCGCUGCUUCUCCAUUUGUUCUGGAGCCUCUUAAACUAGUUUGGGCUAAAUGUAGUGGAUAUCCCUCCUACCCCGCCCUGAUCAUGGACCCCAGAGCGCGGAGGACAGCGUGUCAGCGCAACGGGGUGGAGCUUCCCCAGCCGCCGCAGGACGUUCUCAGAAUCGGAGAGCGGAUGCAGUUCAGGUCCGCAGAGAAACUCUUCCUCGUCCACUUCUUCGACAGCAAGCGCAGCUGGCAAUGGCUUCCUAGAUCCAAGAUGGCUCCCUUUGGGAUCAACCAGAUGCUCGACAAAAUCAAGCUGACGGAGGCUCGCUCCUCCUGCAUCCGAAAAGCUGUGCGGCUCGCAUUCGACCGAGCCAUGAACCACCUGAACCGUGUCAGUGGCGAGCUGGAACCGAGCACCGGCCUCACCGUCACGGACUGAACCCCACCCCCCUCCAAAACCCCUACUCCAACCUCCACCACCUUUUGAAAUCCUCCCAUCAUUCAUCUCUCCCCUUUUUGUCUUUUCAGCUUUUUGUUUUAAACACCGUCACAGCAGAGACGCUCAGUUUCUGCCUCAUACGCACAACAAACACACACACACACACACACACACACUUAUGUUUACCAUUUCCUCAAACUGGAAUCGUAUCAUCUCCCUACACAUCUGUCCCCCCUGUCCGAAAUACUGUAGCUUGUGACGGCCAUCUUGUUUUGUCAAAGAGCUAUGCAACAAAAUCGACUCGGUUAGCGGGUGCAAAAAGUUGAAAGAAAAAAAAAUCUAACUUUGGCUGUGAGGACCGAAAAAUCAUGGGUCUAAACCUGUUGAAUGUGUCAGAGUUUGACCUCUGACCUCCUUAAAUGUGCUGCAAGACUGCUGCAACAGUCUCACUAACACGAAAAAAUGUCCAUCGGUGUGCGUGUGACUGCAGCAGCUCCUGUAAAUAUCCUGUACAAGGCCUGACACUAAUUUAUUCACUCCCUCAGUUGGUUUUGGUACAUGGUGUUCAGAUAUUUAUACCGUUGGAGGUGAUGAUCCACGUCGUCGCCGGCACUGAUGGUGUCGGUCUUUCUGCUGGUGCUAUCUCUACAAAGAGAAAAAAUAAACAUGCAUACUGUAAUGAACAUUUUUAUUUCAGCUCCUUUUUUUACAGUUUUUGUAAGUUAUUGAGUUCUCAAGCUUCAAGUUCUCUCGUCUCUGGCAUUAAUUUUUUUGUUUUUGUUUGUGUGUUUGCAUCUUUUUUUUUUUAUUUUUUUUUUUACCUGAAUGUUUUUACUGGACUACUUUUUUGUUUGUACAUAUUUAUAUAAAAUCUAUAUAGAUGCUCUCAAAAGUUUAAAAUGCCUAAAGUGCAUCAUUCACACCGAAACCAAAAAAUCUGCUGCCCACAAGUUCCCACUAAUGUGUUUUUUUUUCUUUUCUUUUCUUUUUUUUUUACAGUUAAGUUGCAUUUUCCAGGUUUUCAGCCUUUUUUUUGUUUGUGUGCUGUGAUGAGUUCAAGUCUUCUGUAAAAUGUCACAGAAUCAUCUUUUCCACCUGAACUGAACUACAGUCAGCUGUAGGAGAGAAGAAAAUGUGCCUGUACUAAUUUAUUGUAAAGGAGAAAAUGUAUAUGCAUUACUUUAUAGAGAGAGUAUUGUAAGAAAAUACUACGGGCACACGAGGAGCCAUAUGUAGAGGCCCUUCCUCUUCUGUUGUUUUGUGAGUUUUUUUAUUUUUUGGAUUAAUAGCAUUAAAUCUGAGAGGUGAGGUGAUAGUGUUUGAUGUGUUAUUUUUGGCAGGGUAGCAAUGGGUAGACUUCCUGUUUUGUUUGGCCCCUCUGGAUGUGGAUGUUGUGUGUAAAUAGAUUUGGUACUUUAGCUGAUUCUCUGGGAAAAACCACAGUUAUAGCCAACGGGAGCGGAAACCAGCCGACCGGCCGGUGGGAUUUUUAUACUAAAAACACUGAAAAAUUAAAAUAUGUUAUUGAAUCACUGA